AUGCAGUUACUGCUGGCUAGAGGGGCUGAUAUUACGGCAGGAAACCAACGCGAGAAGACAGCGCUACAUGUGGCAGCCGGCAGUGGUCGUGUAGCGCUAUGCAGGUUUUUACUCAACAAUGGGGCCAACAUCAAUGCAAUUAACCGCAGCAAGAGGACUCCUAUUUCUAUGGCUGCUGAAUACGGACACAUAGAAGUGGUACGUCUCCUGAUAGAGCAUAAAGCAAACCUUAGAGAAGGAGUUUCACCGCUAUUCGAUGCUAUACACUCGACAAAUGGUCGGAGUAAGGUAGAGAUUGUUCAGCUGCUGUUAGAGAACGGAGCCGAUGUAUCUGCUAAAAACGAAUUUUUUGAUACUCCAUUACAUUCAGCUGUACGCCAACAUUCAGAGCUUAUAAUCAAGUUACUGCUUGAACAUGGGGCUGCAAAAUAA